GAAGUUGGGGGAGGAUCCUAGCUGGGAGUGAACCGGAAGUGUAAGCGCUCUUGCUUCUCUUCGGCCAGGCGGAACCUGCUCUGCUGGGCCCGGUGGCCGCAAAAGAACUUUCUAUCUCCCGCCCCAACGGUCGCCGCGGCCAACUGCCUCGCCCGCCUGGCAGCCUUUCCCGCCUUCUCUUCCCUUCGGCUCCGCGCGGCCCUGUCUCCCUCUCGCCCCGCGGUAUCCGCUUGCUGCUACCACCGCCUCCUCGUCUUCUGCCCGGCCGAGCGGCCCGCCCCGCUGCAGUGAUGUGCGACAAGGAGUUCAUGUGGGCCCUGAAAAACGGAGACUUGGAUGAGGUGAAAGACUAUGUGGCCAAGGGAGAAGAUGUCAACCGGACACUAGAAGGUGGAAGGAAGCCUCUUCAUUAUGCAGCAGAUUGUGGGCAGCUUGAAAUCCUGGAAUUUCUGCUGCUGAAAGGAGCAGAUAUUAAUGCUCCGGAUAAACAUCAUAUUACCCCUCUUCUGUCUGCUGUCUAUGAAGGUCACGUUUCCUGUGUGAAAUUGCUUCUGUCAAAGGGUGCUGAUAAGUCUGUGAAAGGUCCAGAUGGACUAACUGCCUUUGAAGCCACUGACAACCAGGCAAUCAAAGCUCUUCUUCAGUGAUGGACGGAUGGGCUGACAGCUCUGGAAGAAGGGCUCUCCUGUGGCCUCACACUGCUGCCUGUCUGUCUGUCACUCUCUAUCUGCCAGCUUCUUCAGCUAAAUACUUUACGAGGGGUGAGGGGAGAGAGAAAUUCAUAACAAAUCAGACUACCAGAAAAAAACAUGUUUUGGAAGAGAGGAGAAAACCGUGAUCAGGCUUUUACUCGGAUUCCUGAUCAAGUCCGUCUCUUUUCCAUUUCCAACAAAAUAUACCGCUCAUUCCCAAGGGAGAGCCAAGACAAAAUACGCCAGUAACAUUUGACCUUUUCAGCUCCCUAGCUAGUUUAUUCAUUAGGUUGUGUCGAGGGUCUGACUAUCCCAAGGCCAGCUCUCCGUGUGUGCAGCCCUAACUGUGCGAGCAGCGGCGGCUGCUGUGACGUAACUCUGGGUGCUGAGAUCAGCAAUCGGCUCUAGCCUUCUGCCUUAAGACGCACUCUCCUGGGGGCCUCCUGGCGGAGUUCAGAGCGCUGCCCGUGGUCGGCGACCAAAUCUUCCCUCGGCGACUUUCAGCUUUACGUGGGAGCUCAGUUAAGGUGAGGGGGCACACUCCUAAAUUGCUGGAUGACUCAACUUUGGAUUUCCUCUCCCCUUUCACAUGGGUGUCAUGUGUCUUUAGAUAAAACUGACUAGUUUUAUUUAUAAAAUCUUAAAUUUUGGAAGCCUAAAGGAGAAAUCAUUCCAGUGUGCAUAUUUUUUUUUUCUCCUCUAGAUUCAGACGUUUUUAGAGCAUUCAAACACUUUCAAACUCCUGCUGGUAGUAAAAGGGGAUUUAAAUUUAGAGUCAUAGCCAUAGCCUGUGAGUGUCAUGCAGAGAACAGUUGUCUUAGUACCUACGGAUUUUCUUCAUUUGCUCUUUGAAUGGAUUGGCCUCGGUUAUGUUUGGAGAAUCAAGGAACAUUCUUUGGAAAUCCUCUCUCAGACCCACCUUGGAUGCUGAUUGCUCACUGCACCAAAGCUGUCACUGGGGUGAGAUUUACAAUCUGGACAAGUUGAGCCCCGUCCCUUCAAAAAUACGCUUGUUACCAGGUUUCCCCAAGUUGUCGAUAGGCUUCUGCUGAACAUCUGCCAACCCACCUACAUGAUCUAUUUUUGUUUUCUAAACCAUUCAUCACAUUAAGUGUGACAUCUGCAAAAUGUAUUCCGUGUUCUUAAAAUGCAGUGCCCUAAAAUGGGUGUUAAGACCUGCAGGAAGUAUUCCGACACAUGUUCCAAGGUUUAUUCCAUGAGCAGUGCAAGUAAUUAAAACAUAUACCCUUAAAUUUGCUAUCCUGCAUUUAAAGUAUUGAUUCCUUUGACUUGCCAUCCAUAAAAGCUUGCUAAAAAUGUUAGGGUUUUUUCCUUAGCCAAAUCAUGCAAUAAUUGAAUGUACCUCAAAUUUUUAAAGGGGGGGGUUGGGUUAGGGACUUCUAUUCAGAUUGUGGAUAACAAAGAAUUCAUGAUGAUUUUUUAAGGUAAUGUAGCAUUCUAAAACAGGGUUAAACUACUAUCAAGAAUAGCCAGCUAAUAAAUCUUACUGAUCGAUUGCUGAUUGGUUUGUUAGGGUGUGGAUUUAUGGGUGUGUGUGGGGGGGGGUGUGUGUGUGGGUGUGUGUGCGUGCGCUCUCGUGCAUGCACGUGCAUGCGUGCGUGUGUAUUUUUCCCCCGUGGACUUUUUUUUAAUCCUGUGGCUUUUAUGCUUACAACUAACCUAACCCUGUAAUUUUCCUGCAUCCAAGAAAACAAUCACAAACAAAAUGGUGGUUUAAAUACUUUGAUAUAUUUGGCUAAUUCUCCACUCUUAACGCAGCCUAUUCGCGUUGGAGUCAAAGUCAGUAAACAGUACUUUAUAACAUCACUGAGCAGAAACAGACCUAUCCUCAUUGAAGAUGGAGGGCACUUUAUCAGUUGGUAGCAACAAGGUGUUUUGGUAUCUUUGUUUUCACCUCUUGGCAGAAUGCUAUGGAAAGGCUUGGAUUUUACCCUCUAGAAUUUUCACCUUUCCUUUCAAACCUGUGGUAGUUGGCUGUUGCAGAGAGUGCACUGUCCUAUCGUUCCUAAACCUGGUCAGCUCUCUCCCGUCAUCAGGUGUGGAGACCAUGUGCUUCUUUGUACAGUUGAGCCUGCGUUUCUUGUAGUGCAGUAGAGGCUACCCCGCCUUCCCUCUUCUUUCUCAGCCAUUUCAGAAGCCCCAUGGUUUUGGAGCAAUUGCUUGAGAAA